AUGGCUUGGUAUGCCAUCAAACUCCGUCCCAACCAAGAAAGACACCCCUGCUGCCGGAUCCCUUCCCGUCCAUUAUACACGCCAGCCCUAAGCGCAAGACGGUCUCUUCGUCCGACACCGAGCCGCGGCGGUUCUUGUUACACACACAAGGUGUCACAAGCGGGCGUUGGUUUUCGCGGUCGCCUGUGAUCUAUACUAUGCUUACGUCUGUGUGCGAUCUGGAGCGAGAGCUUGUGGGUGAAGGGGCCAGUAUUUUUGUAUAUAAGGAAGUCAUGGGCUCCCUCUGUCCUGAGGAUGUUGAUGUGUUGAAGCAGCUCUUCGUCACUCUCACCGGUAUAUCAUCAUCAUCAUUACUGGCUCCUGACAUCCAAAGCUUCAAAUCUCAGCUCAGCUUUAUACAUACUCGAUUUGACAUACCUGCACGAUCUUGUUGGCACCGUAACUUGAUCACAACAUAACCAUCUUAGUUAUUCUUGUUACUCUAUUUUGCCAUUCCGAUAUCAGACUUCAUACCCUCCCCAAAGAAGCCAACAUGCCUGUCUUCGCAUCGGGGGAUAUAUUUCUCUUGGAACUCCGUGCUGCGAACAGUGUCUCGCCCCUGAGAAGGAGUGCUCCUCCGCAUGGUCAACUCACCAUCAACCCCAGCUUCACGCCCACGCUUCCUCCCUUCUUUCCAGUGACAGACUCUCCGUCCAGGAUGGCUGAUCCUCGCCCGCCCACACCGUCGGGGAACCCACGGCCUGGGCCCAUCACUCCGGCGCCAAACGUACCUACUCCCCCUGCUACUCCGUAGACAGGAGUUGGCGAAAGUCUGCAAGUUACACCAAGAGCGUCUGUGGGCACGGGACUGGACAGCUAACUCAAAGCUAGGAUUUUACUUGUUUUGCCGUCCCCCUACUCGGCUAUCUACGGUAUUCAGUAUCAUAUGAUGGAUCACAACAGCAAUCUUCAACAUGUUUCUUCGGUCAUUCCGUUUCUCUCGCUGCAGUCAGAAGGCGAGGGGGAAUAAAGCAAUGCCGUAGGGGGUUUCGGAUUCGGAAGCUGCGGUCUUAUUACGGCAUGGGUGGACCACGAGAUCUGGACUACUACCUGCUCUAUCGGCGAGCGAAUGAUGUAUGAAGCAGAGACGGAAGGCGAAAACGGGUAGAAGGGGGAAGGGGGUGUUGAUGGUGG